CCAGUUAGCUCCGUUAGCUCGCGAUUUGAAAGGAGAUUUGGCAGCUCGUGUCGGCGAAUGAUUUAUUUUGUUAGAUGAUCCAACAGCAACUCCGGUGUCCAGCGAUUGUUUGGUUUAGUCCGGGCUGGCCGUCGUUAUGACAGAGGACGAGGAUUUACCAGCCAACUUUUUGACAGAGAAGAUGAAGCGCGGCAGCGGAGAGCUGGUGCCUCCGGACGGGCUGUGCUGGGUGUCAGUGUUAUCCUGUCUGAUGCUGGCUUGUUCUUAUGUUGGCAGCUUAUAUGUGUGGAGGAGUGACCUCCCGAGGGACCACCCUGCUGUGAUAAAGAGGCGCUUCACCAGCGUCCUGAUCGUGUCGGGUCUGUCGCCUCUGUUUGUUUGGGCAUGGAGAGAAUGCACAGGUGUCAGGACCGGCCCAUCUUUGCUGGCUCUCAUGGGAAUCCGGUUUGAAGGCCUCAUUCCUGCCAUUAUACUUCCUCUGCUGCUCACCAUGGUCCUGUUUCUGGGCCCCCUCAUGCAGUUGGCCAUGGACUGUCCCUGGAGCUUCACAGAUGGACUCCGGGUGGCCUUCGACCCAUGGUUCUGGAUGUUGUGUGCCAGUGACAUGCGGUGGUUGAGAAAUCAAGUGGUGGCACCGCUAACAGAGGAGCUGGUGUUCAGAGCGUGCAUGCUGCCCAUGUUGGUACCCUGUGCUGGGCCUUCCACUGCCAUCAUCACCUGUCCCCUUUUUUUUGGAGUGGCUCAUUUUCACCACGUGAUCGAGUUGCUGAGGUUCAGACAGGGGACGCUGUCGGGCAUUUUUCUCUCUGCAGUGUUUCAGUUCUCCUACACGGCAGUAUUUGGAGCGUACACAGCCUUCAUCUUCAUCAGAACAGGUCACCUGAUUGGUCCGGUGCUCUGCCACUCCUUCUGUAACUACAUGGGUUUCCCUGCCAUCAGCACAGCUCUGGAGCACCCGUACCGCCUCACUGUCCUCUCUUCCUAUGUGCUGGGGGUCUUCCUCUUCUUUCUAUUCCUGUUCCCCUUCACUGACCCCUCCUAUUACAGCUUCCCCACCCCAGUCUGUACCCUCACCUCCUUUCCCAGCUCCCUCUGCCUCUCCUGAUCCUUGCCACACCCUCACAUCUCUGCUGCUGUCAUGAAGCAUUUGAGGGUGUUUUUAUUUUUUUUUUACUUUAUUUAUUCUAUUUUAUUUUGGCCGUUAGAUUUAAGAGUUCCGGUCUGGUCGAGUUCGGGUCAACAGCGCUGGUGGCUAUUCGGGCUACGAUGCCACAGAGAGGUGAGGAAGUCUGUAUGUCUGUGUGGCAUCAAUCCUCUAAGCCUGUUUAAAGCUGCUGCUCAGCUCAUAGUGUGCAGGAGGUGGAGUUAUUUUGCUGAGAGUAAACUGAGACCGUCCAGUUCUAAAGACACGUGUCCUACGCUGGGACUCUGAUAUGUGAUGCUACAGUAGAGCUGACAGAAGGUCUCAGCAGAUCCGUAUAACACUGCUAAAUCUCUGUGUUCAUUUUUUUAUUUUCCCAUGCGGUCUGCCUCAUCUUCCUAAAGGAUGAUUCUGGUUUCCUGCAGCUCAGCCCGUGUUUUCAUCAUUUUGAUGGUUGUUUCUCUCAGAAAUAAUUUGACCCACAUGUUACUGACACCAUGUGUUAGAUUGGAAACAACUAUUUUAGUUGUAAGCAUUCACUUCCUGCUUCUUUCAUCUGACACACAGUUGUGUGUAACAUGGCUAAUUGAAAUGUUCAAAAAGUAGUAUUCCAUUAAAUAUUCACAGAAGCCGUGAUGGUCAGGAAAACAGAAAUAAUUAGAGAGAUCGGAACAAUUAAAUAAGUUUGAAUAAAAGAGGAUAAAACAAUGAAUUAAUUUCCAAAAAAAAGGGGUGGUGUGUUUCAGGUUUAAACAUUAUCAAAUGUAAUCUUUAGCAGAAGCCAAAUCAUCUAGUCAUCAGCAUCGAAUGGGGUUGGACUUUAAAUUUGGGUUUAGGUGGAUUUAAAAGAAGCAGCAGUGGGUUUGCUGCACAGUUUUAAGCCUGUAACGAGUCGAGCUGUUGUGAUAAACCAGAAUGAUCCUUUAAUGCCAUUAGCAUUAGCAACUGUUGAGAAAGGAAUGGAAACCGUUGCUUUUACUCAGAUGAGGUUUGCUAAAGUUUUACCGGUAUAUAAAAAAGUGAGCGUUCCAGCCUCUCCAAAAACACACGGCACGGUUCUGUUGCAUUGUGUACGUGUGGAGCAUGUUUCAGUCUUAAAGUGGAGAUUGCUGUAUUGUUUUUCAUUCAUUUCCGUUUCCCACAGCAGUUUACAGUUUCUAAGCUAUUUGAAAAGGAGUUUCUCUGAUUUCUCACACAGUGUGUGUGCAGAUCGAACAGGUCUCAUUCUGCCCUUUGCUGCCAUUUUAUUUAGCUUCAGCUAAAUGAACCUCAACACUCGGGCGUAAUUUAAGAGAGAAGCAAGACACGUGAACACAGCUUUACUACAAACAAGGACUACAAUACUUCUAUAAUACUGCAGAAAAUGGUCACCAGCACAUGCCCAGAGGAAGAAAGGAGGUUAUUGGCACGAGCUCUGACAAUCCCACUAUCAGUAGGCAGAAAUACAAGCACUCAGGUUUGUGUCGGCUCCCUUUUAAAUAUAUGCACUGUAAAACCAGAUUUACACAACAUGUUUCUACAUGAUAUUUAAGCCAAACUAAUGUUUGUGACAUACCAGGAACAUAGCUUUUGUUAUAAGACCACAAUAGGGAGAAAACCAUAAAACUAAACAGGAAGUCUUAAGUCAUAACUUGGACUUUUAAUGACAAAUGUAGUGUUUUGUUCUUACAGUGUAAAUAUUUGGCUGAAUUUGUGAGUAAGAACUCAACAGUCUCUAAUUUUUAUGGUAGUUUGAUUUUGACUGAGAGUCAAAGAGAGACAGAAAAUCAACCAAGAAUCCAGAAAAAGGUUUCGGUUUCUGGGCCGCCGCUUGCCAACUCGAAGCUUCAGUUCCCACCACAGAUUUUGUAGAGCAUUGAGGUCUGGAGGCCACACCAUAACCUUAAUGUACUCCUUUGUUAGCUGCUCCUUUCUUUCCUUAGUGAUAGGUUUUGGAUCAUUGUCAUGCUGGAAGACCCCAUCCACAGCCCACCUUCAGUGUUCUGGCUGAGGGAAGGAGGUUCUUUUACAUGACGUGGCCCCACCCCUUGACCCCUCGAUGGUCAUUUUCUAGGAGUGGCUGUGGCUCAGGAGGUAGAGCAGGUCAUCUACUAAUUGGAAGGUUGCUGGUUGAAUUCCUGGCUGCUCCAGCCUGCAUGUGUGCAUCAGAAUGUGAUUGUGUGAAUGUUAGAUAGAAACCACUUGGGUGUGUGAAUGGGAGAAUGCUGUAUAAAGCACUUUGAGUGUUCAUGUAGAGUAGAAAAGCGCUAUACAAGAAGCAUUAACCAUUUUCCAAAUGGCACCAACAGCUUCUCACCGAGCUUCUUGUAGCCCAGUCCAGCCUUGUGCAGGUCUGCAGUCUUGUCCCGGACAUCCUUUGACAGCUCUUUGGUCUCGCCCGGGGGUGUGGAGAGGUUGGAAUGGAAGAAAUUGAUUCUGUGCGCAGGUGCGCUUUAUACACAUAACGAGCUGAGAUCAUGAGUAUCUGUAAUUGAGUGAGUGAUUGUAAUCGGAGUAUCCAUUUGGCACCCAGAUUACAAUCUGCGGGAUCCAGAAUUCUGGCUGGGUUUAUUCAACUUUUAUGUAAUGUUUUUUUCUGGAUUUUUGGUCUAUAUUCUGUCUCUUUCCAUUAAAUGAAACUACCAUAACAAUUAGAAACUAUUAAUUUCUUUGUAAGUGAGCAACCUUAAAAAUUCAGCAGGGGAUCAAAUAAUUAUUUCCCCCACUGUGCAAUUACUGCAAGAAACACACAGUUUUGAAAAAUACUAGGAUCCUUGACUAAUUAGUGACUAUUAAGAUAAUGAGCCUCAACUGGAAAAUUCCUGAAUCUUCACACUAAACAGGGGACGGUGUGACUGAAGUACCGGUUUAGUCAUAUUUUAUUCCUGUAAAGCGCAAAGUGGUUUAGACGUUGUGGUUAAACUGUGAACUGAGCUGUUAAUGAUUAAAAAUCCUCAGACUCGGGUAAGAUAGUGGCCAAAACAACAGAAGCAAAGCCAAGUUGUAACAACAGAAAAGGUGAUUUCCUCAGCGAAGCACUCAGUCGUAGACGUUUGCACUAAACUUCUGUGCAGUCUAAGAAUUUUCUCGCACUCUAGAGUAGCAUCACAGCCCCACCCCACCCCCAGUUUCAUCAUUUAUUAUUGGGACACCGGUACAGUCGGCCAGUGUCUGUGCUUGCUAUGAAACAACCAAACAGCACAGAUAUGCCAUUAUUUCUGCAUCUCCACGAGAUGAAACUAGUAUUAGCUUAAAGCUAAUCUGAGAGUGGCUGAAAAACUGCAGACACCUAUAAGCUGAACUCUUACUGUGAAGACAGAGCAAGUGGCUUGGACAUCCAGCUAUAAAUCCUAUGUAUGGAAAGCAUUUCGAUUGAUCUUCACUGGAUGAAAUGGGGUCAUUUUUGUAUUUAUGUAACUGGGAAGUUUACAGACAUUUGGCAGGUGGAGUAUUUUUGUACUGUGCCUCCCUGAAGCUGCCAGCUGAGGGCAGCCUAGCACUUUGUGAAAUGCAGAACGGACUCACUGAAGGGAGUAGAAGACCUUUCAAUUCUGCUGAUCACCCUGUCUGACAUGAGCCAUUUGUCACUGCAGAACUAUUUCCCUCUAAUUAAUUUUUAUGUACAAUUAUGACCCAGUUGAGGAGAUUGAUGCAGAGACAUCCUCUGAUGCUAGUUUAACUGUUUGUCAUCAGUUUUUCUCUCCUUAUACUUCCCUCGCAAUCUGUCCGGUUGCUUUGAUUGCUCUGUUUAUAGCUGAGCAUCAUUCAGUGUGGACUGAUGAGUUCAAAAGAUGAACUUUUUGGAAAGAUUGUGUCUCACUGCAUCAAGCCUAAAACUCAGUCCAUAAAAGGUCAUCAUACCAAGAGUCAAACAUGGUGGUGGUAGUGUGAUGGUCUGGGGCUGCUUCAGGGCCUGGAUGAUGUGCUGUAUUUCCUGCUCACUAGCAGAAAAUCCUGAAGGGAGUUUGUGCCCUGAAGCUCAAGCUAACUUGGGCUAUGCAGCAGGGCAGUGAUCUGAAACGCAAUAUUCAUCAGAAUGGCUCAAAAAACUGUUAACUCAAUAACCACAUCACUGACGAUAGGGUACACUCUUUAUUCGUUGCCAUCAACAAAACCUACAAAACUCCCAGCACCCCCUGCGCACUCCUCACUCCACCCUCCGACACAUGCGCAGUAGGAUA